CGCCCCCUCUCCACCCCAACCUGCUCGGGGCCGCCCCUUCCAGCCCUCGGCGCCUCGGGUCUGCGGCUCCAAUCCGCCACUCGGCGCCUGCUGCCCGGGCCGCCGGGACUGGGGCGCUGCGCUGGCGCCCUGGCUGGCGAAGAAAGUUCGGGGAGUCCAUCCGUCCAUCGGUCCAGAGAGAACUUCCAGACCCUCGGCCCCAGGAUGGGGCUGGCCCCGCUGCUGCGGCCGCUGCUGGGGCUCUUCCUCCCCGCGCUCUGGAGUGGAGCCAUUGCUGAGGUGCGGAAAGAAACCGAGCUGUCCCCAGGACCUUUGCCUGGGAACCUGCCAGCUGACCACGUGCCACUCGCCUCCACCCACCACAGCAGGGUCCAGCCUGCCCAGAUGUUUCCGCCAACCCAGACUGGAGGGUCACAUCCGGGGAAUACAGCUGUCCCCCAGGCGACCUCCGCUGCAUCAAAGCUGCCACCCCUGGCCUUUAAUCACACGGUUGGACACAUAAUCCUUUCUGAACAUAAAGAUGUCAAGUUCAAUUGCUCCAUCAAUGUACCUAACAUCUACCAGGACGCUGCCAUCACUUGGUGGAAAGACGGGAAGGAGCUUGGAGAGCAUCAUGCCAUCACGCAGUUUUACCCGGAUGAUGAGGUCACGUCUAUAAUUGCAUCCUUCAGUAUUACCAGUGUUCAGCGCUCAGACAAUGGGUCGUAUGUCUGUAAGAUGAAAAUAAACAACCAUGAGAUCCUGUCGGACCCCAUCUACAUCGAGGUACAAGGACUUCCUCACUUCACGAAGCAGCCUGAGAGCGUGAACGUCACCAGGAACACUGCCUUCAACCUCACCUGUCAGGCCGUGGGCCCCCCUGAGCCCGUCAACAUUUUCUGGGUUCAAAACAGCAGCCGCAUUAAUGAACAGCCCGAAAAAUCCCCCUCUGUCCUCACGGUGCCUGGUCUGACGGAGAUGGCGGUCUUCAGUUGCGAGGCCCACAACGACAAGGGGCUGACUGUGUCCGAGGGCGUGCAGGUCAACAUCAAAGCACUUCCCUCCCCGCCCACGGAAGUCAGCGUGCACAACAGCUCGGCUCACAGCGUCCUCAUCUCCUGGGUCCCGGGUUUUGACGGAUACUCCCCAUUCAGGAAUUGCAGCAUCCAGGUCAAGGAGAUGGACCCGCUGGGUAACGGCUCACUCAUGACCUUCUACACCUCGGCUACUCCGCAUCUGUACCAGAUCCAGCAGCUGCAGGCCCUGGCUAAUUACAGCAUCGGUGUGUCCUGCAUGAACGAGAUAGGCUGGUCUGCGGCCAGCCCUUGGGUUCUGGCCAGCACCACCGAGGGAGCACCAUCAGUGGCCCCUUUAAACGUCACCGUGCUCCUGAACGAGUCCAGUGGUAACAUGGACAUCAGGUGGACCACGCCUCUGAUCGCUCGGCAGGCGGGGGAGCUGGUGGGCUUCCGGAUAUCACACGUGUGGCAGAGCGCGGGGACGUCCAAAGAACUCACUGAAGAAGUCGGCCAGAAUGGCAGCUGGGCUCAGAUCUCCGUUCAAGUCCACAAUGCCACCUGCAUCGUGAGGAUCGCAGCCAUCACGACAGGGGGAGUUGGGCCUUUCAGUGACCCGGUGAAAAUAUUUGUCCCUGCACACGGUGGAGUGGAUUAUGCCCCCUCGUCCACUCCGGCACCUGGCAACACUGAGCCCCUGCUCCUCGUCCUCGGCUGCUUCUGUGGAUUUAUAUUGAUUGGGCUGCUUUUGUAUAUUUCUAUGGCCGUCAGAAAAAGACUCCAGGAGACAAGGUUUGGGAGCGCAUUUACAGAGGAGGAUUCUGAACUGGUCGUGAAUUACAUAGCAAAGAAGUCCUUCUGCCGGCGAGCCAUCGAACUCACCUUACACAGCUUGGGAGUCAGCGAGGAGCUGCAGAAUAAACUGGAGGAUGUUGUGAUUGACAGGAAUCUCCUGAUCCUUGGGAAAAUUCUGGGAGAAGGAGAGUUUGGGUCUGUGAUGGAAGGCAGCCUGGAGCAGCCAGACGGGACCUCGCAGAAGGUGGCAGUGAAGACCAUGAAGCUGGACAACUUUUCUCAGCGGGAGAUCGAGGAGUUUCUCAGCGAGGCCGCCUGCAUGAAGGACUUCGACCACCCCAACGUCAUCCGGCUUCUAGGUGUGUGUAUAGAAAUGAGCUCUCAAGGCGUCCCAAAGCCCAUGGUGAUUCUGCCCUUCAUGAAGUACGGCGAUCUGCACACCUACUUGCUGUAUUCCCGUCUGGAAACAGGACCCAAGCACAUUCCUCUGCAGACCCUGUUGAAGUUCAUGGUGGACAUCGCCCUGGGGAUGGAGUACCUGAGCAACAAGAAUUUUCUCCAUCGGGAUUUAGCUGCUCGAAACUGCAUGUUGCGAGAUGACAUGACGGUCUGUGUGGCCGACUUUGGCCUCUCCAAGAAGAUUUACAGUGGUGAUUACUACCGCCAAGGCCGCAUCGCCAAGAUGCCCGUGAAGUGGAUCGCCAUGGAGAGCCUGGCUGACCGAGUCUACACAAGCAAAAGUGACGUGUGGGCAUUUGGCGUGACCAUGUGGGAAAUAGCCACACGGGGAAUGACUCCCUACCCUGGCGUCCAGAACCACGAGAUGUAUGACUAUCUUCUCCACGGCCACCGGCUGAAGCAGCCCGAGGACUGCCUGGACGAGCUGUAUGAAAUAAUGUACUCCUGCUGGAGCGCUGACCCCCUGGACCGACCCACCUUCUCGGUGCUGAGGCUGCAGCUGGAGAAGCUCUUGGAGAGUUUGCCGGAGGCACAGGACAAAGCAGAUGUCAUCUACGUCAACACCCAGCUGCCGGAGGGCUGCGAGGCCGUGGCCGAGGGGCCACCUCUCACUCAGCUGGACAUGCACAUCGAUCCCGCCUCCAUCCUCGCCUCCUGCACCUCUGCCGUCAGCGUGGUCACGGCGGAAGUUCAUGAGAACAACCCUCAGGAAGAAAGGUACAUCCUGAACGGGGGCAGCGAGGACUGGGAUGAGCUGGCUUCCGCUCCCCCCACCACAGACUCAGCGGGAAAGAACGGUGUCUCACCGGAGGACAGACUCGUAAGGAAUGGGGUCCCCUGGGCCCACUGUAGCACGCUGCCCCUGGGGGGCCCACCGCCAGAUGAACUGUUGUUCGCAGAUGAUUCCUCGAGAGACUCGGAAAUCCUGAUGUGAAGCCAGCCGAGUGGAGACGGGCCGGAACCAAAGGGACGGUCCCACAUCAGGGAUCCGGGGAUGCCCGGAGCCUUUCCAAUUUGUUUCCUUUACCCAGUGAACUCCAGGGCCCCAGAGCACCACACGAAUGUUGUCAAGUAAAUCUCCACUCCAAGUCCAUAACAGGGUCGGGGAUGUGGCCCCGGGGCAGAGCGCGUGCUUAGCAUGGGUGAGACCCUGGGUUCCAUCCCCAGCACCCCCCAAAAUAAAAAUACAUAAUAUAUAUUUAUUUAAAUGAGAAAAAAUAUAUAUGUAUAUGGUGAAAAGAGAGGAUGUUAUAUUUUAAUAAAAGAUGACUUAUUUCAUUUCAACUUAUCUUGCAGCUCUUAAAAGUCCAGCCCCCUGCUAGUCCUUGAUGAUAACACUUGUACAGAGUCAGUUGUUUUUUAAAGUUCUUUUCAUGACUAUUAAGUGUAAAUAUGUUUGUAAAAUGAGUUGCCGUAUUUGACUUCGCUUCCGUUCUUUGUGAGAAAUUGGAUGUGCCUCUGUGAAUCAGGUUUGAUACGAGUGAUGCAUUUAAUAAAGUCUGAUA